CACACAAGACCGUGGCGCGCCUAAAACUCAACUGAACUGAACAAAGGUAGUUGAGUUUAGUUGAGUUGAGUUGGGUGAGAGAGCUGGAGAUUAGAAUGAGCUGCUGGGAAUUGUGUUCCAGCUCAUGGGUCUUGUCUCGUGCGCCCAUGGCCAUGACCAGUGGUUCUAGCUGGAGAAUGGGCUCGACCAAGACCAAGACCAAGACUCACCACCCCUCUUUCUUCUUCAAGGUGAAGCCCUCUUGCUGCACCAAUAAUAUUAAUGGUCCCACAGAGUCUUCUGCAUCUUCUUCCUUAUCUUCUCGUGCAUGGUACAACCCCCUUAGAAGAACACAUAGAUCCUUGGAUCAGGAUCCGGAUAUUGUCCGCCACUGGAUCCAACCCGAUCAUCCACUUGCAUCCCCAGAAAGAUUUACAGUGGCGUCGUAUAACAUAUUGGGGAAUAGAAAUGCUUCGAAACACAGAGAUCUCUACACAAAUGUUCCUUCUUUUUAUAUGACGUGGGAACAUCGCAAGAAGGUCAUAUACAAAGAGCUCAUGAGAUGGAACCCUGAUAUAAUCUGUUUGCAAGAAGUGGACAAGUAUUAUGAUCUAUCAGAGAUUUUGGUGAAAGCGGGAUAUGUUGGGUCCUAUAAGAGACGCACUGGAGAUGCAAUUGAUGGCUGUGCUAUGUUUUGGAAAGCCAAUGAGUUCCGGUUAUUGGAGGGAGAGAGUAUUGAAUUCAAGGGGUUUGGUCUUCGUGACAAUGUUGCCCAAAUUUCUGUUUUUGAGAUGUGUAAAGAUGAAUCAAGAAGACUACUGAUUGGGAACAUCCAUGUCCUUUAUAACCCAAGCCACGGAGAUGUUAAAUUAGGUCAAAUACGCUUUCUCUUGUCAAGGGCACAGAUCCUCUCAGAAAAAUGGGGUAAUGCCCCCGUUGUACUUGCUGGAGAUUUUAAUAGCACCCCUCAGAGUGCAAUAUACAAGUUCCUGUCAUCCUCCGAGCUAAAUAUCUUAUUAUAUGAUAAAAGAGAGUUAUCUGGGCAGAGAAAUUGUCAUCCUUCUCAAGUUUUGGGUGUCAAGAAAGAAAUGAGGAGUCCGUUGAUCUUGACAAACAGAUUAUUUAACAAUUGCUGGACUGAUGAAGAGGUAAAAGUUGCAACUGGAAAUGCUGGGUGCCAUUUACUUGUGCAUCCCUUGAAGAUUGCCAGCUCCUAUGCCACAGUGAAGGGUUCUGAAAAAACUCGGGGAUGUAAUGGUGAACCUUUAGCUACAUCCUACCACUCAAAGUUCCUUGGAACUGUUGACUAUUUAUGGUACUCUGAUGGUAUUGUACCUACAAGAGUUCUGGAUACCAUUCCACUUGACAUUCUCCAGAGUAUAGGUGGUCUCCCCUGCAAGAAAGUGGGAAGUGAUCACUUGGCCUUGGUUUCUGAGUUUGCCUUCACACCAAGAACAAAAGAAGGCAACAAUUUCAAAUCUCAAGUAUAGCUGACCUAGCAUCUAGAGAAGAAAGUUAUUUGUCGGUGACAGAUUUUGUGUUGAGCUUUUAAAAGUCAACUUCAAUCAACCGAGAAAAGAAGCCUAUAUUUGACUGUUCUCUAUGGACUAUUUGGGAAGACAAAAAUUGAGUUCCAUGCUUAAAUAAACAAGAUCAUGAAGGACUUCUCUUUGCAGCAUUUUUCAGCCAACUUAUAGGUUUAUGGGUUUGAGCAGUAGGUAGUUCAUAGACAUUGUACUUCUUUGUUUUCUUUAUUAUUAUUAUUAUUAUUAUUAUUAUUUUUAGAUGGAAUGUUUUCUUUAUUAAGCUUUGACAACAAUGUGGAUUUAACAUUAAUUAAUUUCAUCUCUAUCCUCUCUGGUAA